AUGGUGUAUGAAGCAGAGAUGUUGGACGUCUUCAGAAAUACCCAGGUACUGGGUCCCCAACAUCCAGAGCAGGAACGCUCGGAAGCCACCCCUAAUAGGAACCUGGGAGACCUUUCAAAGUUGGGUCAUUUUCAAUACCUGGCAGUGACCGGGCCUCACGAGGCCGUGAGACAGAUACAGGCACGCUGCAGAGAGUGGCUGCGACCGGAGACACGCUCCAAACAGCAGAUUCUGGAGCUCCUAGUGCUGGAGCAGUUCCUGUGUGCCUUGCCCGAGGAGGUCCGAACCUGGGUGAGACUGAAACAGCCUAAGAACAGCCAUGAGGCAGGGACCCUCGUGGCAAACUUGAUCCAGGCACGUGAGGAGGAAGAAAAAGUUUUCUCUGCUCAGAACUCUGUCCUUAUGAAAAAGGAGAACACAGAUGAAGUAACGUCUGAUGAGUCACCUCCUGUUGAAUCCCAGGAGCUGGUCACCUUCCAGGACGUUGCGGUGGACUUCAGCCAGGAGGAACUCGGCUGCCUCAGCACUGCCCAGAGGGACCUGUACCGGACAGUGAUGCUGGAGAAUUACCAGAACCUUCUCUCUCUGGGUGAGUGUGCCCUGACUGAGCCUCAGAGUCUGCCCACGCUAGAGGAAGAGGAGGCCUGUGAGGUGGAGGGAGACAGAAGUGAGGUGGAGGGAGGAAAAAGGACAGCGGUCGUUCAAGAAGGCGCCCCCCACCCACACAGCUCAGAGAUGGCCUUGCCGCCGUUCCAGGGAGGCCUGUCCUGGUUCCGAGUCUCUUUGCUGCCGCCCUGGGGCAGCCUUCCCUCGCUGGUCCCCUCGCUGGCGGGCCCUCCCAUUGAUUGGGAACUGUUGGCUGAAACCGAAGAGCUUGGCACCGAGCGCAGCCAGCCUGUGGAGACAUUGACUCAGUGGGUGGGAACAGACGAGCUGGCCAUCCACGCAGAGUCUUCAGAUGGACAGCAGGACAGCGAGGCGAGGCCGGUGACGCCGCCGGAGCCCCAGCACCUCACGCAGGAGCGCUCAGGCUGGGAGCUCGCUCAGCCACCAGCCCUUCCUCCGGACAGUCUUCCUCAGCCCCCAGAACUCUUCCCAGACUGGGGUCUCCAUCAGCCCCCCAGACUCUUCCCAGACUGGGGUCUCACGCAGUUCUCAGAACUCCCUCCAGACUGGGACCUCACUCAGGAACCAGAACUUUGUCCAGAUGUGCGGCUCACACGGCGGCCAGAACCUUCUCCGGACUCAGAGUCCCCAGAUGUGUGGCUCACACGGCGGCCAGAACCUUCUCUGGGGUCAGAGUCCCCAGAUAUGCAGCUCACACAAUGCGGUCAGAACCUUCUCCGGGCUCGGAGUCCCCAGAUGUGCGGGUCACUCAGCGGCCGCAGUUUCCCCAAGGCCUCGAGCCCUUUCAGCGACAGGGGCUCCCUCCAGGCCGGGCACUCGCUCAGAGACUGGUGA